GCGCGCCGGGCGCGGAUGUCGCGAAGGGCGGGGCCGCCACACGGGCCAAUGACGCGCGGCGCUGUCGCCAUCGGCGUGAGCUGCGCGGCGGCUGGAAGUGGCUGUGCGGCCGCGACUGGGAAGGAGGCUGCGGCGGCGGUGGCGGCCGGGGCGGCGGAGGACGCGGACGAUGACUUUCUGAAAGGCUUGCCGGUCUACAACAAGAGCAACUUCAGCAGGUUCCACGCGGACUCCGUGUGCAAGGCCUCGAACCGCCGUCCCUCAGUGUACCUGCCGACCCGAGAGUACCCGUCAGAACAAAUCAUUGUGACAGAAAAGACGAACAUCCUCCUGCGGUACCUGCACCAGCAAUGGGACAAAAAGAAUGCCGCCAAGAAGAGAGACCAAGAGCAGGUAGAGGCGGAGGGCGAGAGCUCAGCGCCACCCCGCAAGGUGGCCAGGACUGACAGCCCCGACAUGCCUGAGGACACCUAGACCCCAUGCCGCGCCCCACGUCUGUCUGCUCUGUCCGCUCCCGCCCGCGUUGUGUAAGCGCAGCCCGCCUCCCACACCCAGCCCGCGCCUUCCAACCUCCAACCUCAUAGGACCCGUGUAUUUAUUUUCCUUGAGUUUUUAUUUAUGCUGUAACUCGUGUCAAGCAUUGGUUAAAGGGACAUCAGGCCUAGCCGUGAGGUGUCGGUAGACGCUAUUUUAAAGCACAGUGGUGUCCCCCACCGGCCACCCGCCAGAGACCACGUCGGGGUCCAGAGCCCAGGGCGGCCUGGCUUCCCAACACACCGAGCGGCCUUCGCGCUCCUUCCCACCCGCAGGCCGGCCGGGUCUCGGUGCCCGGAUCCUCCCGGGUGCUUCCCGUGCCCGGGCCUCACUCUGAGCCUACGCCAGGGCAGGAGAGAGCUGGCCUUUCUGGAUCUUUCUCUUAAGUCAUUUUAUCAUGGACUAGCCCGUGCUCCGCGUCCACCCCAAUAAAAGGAUCUUUCCUACUCCA